GUCGUUUGCUGCACUGAUACCGCUUCUGGAUUGUUUUAUCCGGCUUGUAGAGUCUUUGGCACGCAGCAAUGUUUUCGAAUAUUUGAAUGUGAGUGCGAAGUUACGAGUGAUGGGACGGGAAAUAAAGUGAAAAUGUGGACAGUAGGCGAAGUUGUUAAUGCACUGAUUACUUUCUGUAACUCUUUGAGGAAGCUUAUUCAAGUAACGCUGUGGCUUAGCUUCUCGGUAGGUGGUGUUAUUGUAGAGUUCAUCACGUUCGUUCUUUUCCAUGUGGGAAAUGUUUUAAUUACUUUAUUUGUCGUUCUCCAAGUGCUGUAUGAAGAUUUUAUUGUGUUUAUAAUUGAUUGUUCUUGGAAACUGAAGAGUGCGGCAAGUACUUUACUUUAUUUCUGGUCACAAAUAUUGCUCGUCUCCUCGGAAACUUACCAAAUUGCACGGAGGACCGCUGUGAGUUUACACGAUUUUGUGGUGUCUUGUGUCAGUGUUCUAUGGAGUUGUUUAAACAAGUUAUACGGUUUCAUCGUAUUUGUUCCAGAACUGCUGAAAGAGGCGAUUAUACUUAUAGGGUCCAGUGUAUGGUACUGUGUUCAGUUUGUACCGCUGUGCAUUGUAUAUUGUAUGGCAACUUCUGUUUAUGCUGUUGGCAGGUGCUACGAAGAGUUAACAUCCAUUGUUAGUGCUGCAUAUGAUGGUAUUAAUACAUUACUGUGGAGCGUGCUACUAUUUUUUACUGAUAUACCAUCAACAGCACUUCUUGGGUUGUUGAUCGCCGUAUUUUUAUCAAUGGCAUUUGUCAAAUACCAGGCACAGAUUUUCAGUUUUGCCCUAACUAUUAGUUUGUGUACUUUUAACUUCUUACGGUCUUUACCAGUCAGAAUUCUGAAAAUGUUGCUGUCAACAGUUCGAAGAACAGUCAUUCGACGGCAGCCUGAGACAAACGUAUCUAGUGAUGAAUCGGAUAUCAGUGAGCAGUCUUCAUAUUCAACGCAAAGUCAACAGCCAGUUAGUUCCCGCUUGAGGCCAGCAGUGAAACUUCAUUCAACAGAAGCGAGUAGCUCCAAAGAUGAUUUGAUUAAACGACUACAAAGAGAACAAGAUAGUAGGCUGUGUGUAGUUUGUCAAGACAGGGACAAGUGUAUUGUGGUUCUGCCAUGCCAACAUUUAUGUCUGUGUGUACAGUGUGCUACUACAGUGCAUAGGGAGAAUGGGAAAUGUCCUAUUUGCCGGCAGCCUCUUAGAAAGGCAAUGAAAGUUUAUGUUAGCUAAAUGCCAGAUGGAUUUCUCAAAGUCAUAUGUUUCAUGUUUAAUCCAUAAGUCUCGGGGUGUGUAGCAACAUUCAGAACAUAAAGUAGCUGAUUUUGCUUUUACAGUUAAUUUGAAUAAAGUAAUAAACAUUUUUCUUGUGCUGUUUAUCAUAUUAAUUGUAUAUGCAAGAUUAUUUUAUUAAUAUCUUGCCAAGCUUUUCAUGUCCAAUUUACAUGAUAAGGCAGCAACAUUCUGUUGUAGAUUGUAAAUGAUGCAGUGAAAUUCAUUAAAAUUUUGUAAAUAAGAAGAAAUUGGGAACAUAUUAUAAAAUAAAUUUGAUGCUAGGAAAAAACUAUUCUCUGUAGUCAUUCCCAUUAGCUCUUCAAAGUAUGAGUGAGCCUCUCUGUACAUAUAUUUAGUAGUUCAUUUAACUAUAUAGCUUUGUCAAGGAACAAAUAGUUUACCUUGUGAUUUGUACCAUUUUUUUAUUAUGCAUGCUGCCACUGUGAUACUUGUUUUUCAUCAGGCCUAUGGUGAUGUUGAUUAUAUUUCCAUAGCUUUCAUUUUUGGGGGGAGCAGGGUCCAGGACCCCAUCCGAUUUGUUUUCAUGGUUUCGCUAGAUCAUUGUCAAAUGCUUGGAUAAUUUGUGCAUGGCCAAGGCAAUUUUCUUCACCAUUCGUACCUCGUACUAUGGUGGCUGUAAUGGCUUUAAUGUUAACACAACUUUAAACUACUACUUUUCUAUUGUUUUUUCAUUUAAUUGCUGUUGUGAUUUAUAGUGGGAUAAAUAUAAAGCUAUUUUGGAUAAUAAGAAA